CCGUUCACGGCCACCGUGAAACUCCCGUUGAAAACCUGUGACCACAUAUUUGGGAGAAAUGCGAAUGAAAUGCGUCUGUUUAAUGAGUUGCAGUCAAUAUGGCCUUGGGCCCUCUCAUCUUCCUGGCUGUGCUAGCUCUGGUCUACCACCCCCUAAUGGUCAGUGACCGUACAGACAUGGCCACGCUGAACCGGCUCCAGGACCAUGAGAAGUGGAUGAAACAAGAAAUGGAGCUCCUGCAGACUGAGUUUGACCAGAGAGACUGGACCUGGGGUCCACCUGAGACCUUGAAGGACUGGAUUACAGCUCAUCAGUCUACAGAUGAUGAAACCUGUGAUAGGUGGCACUAUGUGAGACUGACCGUUCUGUUCUUGUUCUUGUGCUACAUAUACAACUUGGGAAAGGAACCUAGUGAUAACUCUAGCAUUGAUAUCUCCAGUACAACCACCAGCCAAGAUGAUGACGAUGAUGAUGACGAUACUGACACGGAAUCUGAAAUGUUUGGCAAUGGGCAACAAGUGCUACAGGCUUUCUAUGACCGCCACAUAGAUGUGGACACCAGUGACCUAAACAAUAUGUGCAGUUUCAUCGAGUCCUUUGUGAAUGACUUGCUGGAGGCCUGCCGGAAUGCCUUUCCCUAUCAGAACACCCUUCCUCUCUUGGAGAACUGUAUUGGGGUGGACAGUGCCUUUGAAGGAUGGCACUCACAGGCAUCCAAGCCAUUCAGUGUACUGGUGCCAGUUCUGCCACCCAAGGGACACUCCUUCCACCUGGAAACGAUGGAUUCUGAGGGCACCCCAAGCAAACAUGGGCACAUCUUGGUGGAGAUGGAGUGUGUGUGCAAGAGAGAAAGGCUGCUAGGGGAUGUGAUGUGCUUCCUUCAUCACCCUGAACAAAAGCUGAGUGAAGACAAGCAAGGUGCUUUCCUCUUGCAUGUUUUGUGCACCAGCUCCCACUUAGAUGUGGAUAAAACCAUCCACUGGUUCCAGAGUCUUGUGGGAGAGGCCUGGAAAAAUAUACGUUACAAAUACAACUUGGAUCUCUUGCCUCAGCCUUCCAACACUUCAUGCAAGCUGAAACUGGCAUUUAAGUCUGGGAGGACAAUCACUGUGGAUAUCAUACUUGGAGUCCAGCAAGGGGACAGCUUAGUCUUCCUGGCCACUCAGGGUGCUGAGAUGGACCAUUUAGCUGGCACAGUUUGGCAGAAAACCUUUGCCAUUCAGGAGCUGCUCUUUUUCAAAUGGGUGAGCCAGCGAGUCCCAGAGGAGAGCUGCCACCUGAAAUGUUUACAGCUCCUCAUCUAUCUAAAAGAGUCCAACCAAUCAGACAGGAAGAACCCAGUGCUCACUAACUAUCACUACAAAAACUGUCUGAUGCACCUCCUGCUUUUCCAGCCAUUGUCAGACUGGAGGUCUGAAGAUACUGUCCAAUGGCUGUAUGAAAUGCUCUUAUUCAUGUAUACUGCCCUGAAGGAGAAAUGUCUCCACCACUUCCUGAUUGGAAACAUCUCCCUACCCGUUCAGAUCCCCAUGCCCAAGGCCCUUCGUAGUGCUCCACCCCUCAAUCUUUUCAAGCACUUGGCACAGGACCCCAACCUUCAUGCUGAGGCAGUGAGGGAGUUUGAGGAGAUCAUACAGCAAGUGAGACCUCUGGUGACAGAGUGUGAAGAGUAG